AUGGGAGCAGAGAAAAGAUGGCUUUUCACUCUCUUCUCCACAACAUUUCUUUCUCUACUGUUUCUUUUAGUCUAUUCAAUCUCUGCUUUCAGCUCCUCUAAACAGUUCCCUUCUAUUAUUCACCAUGGAAUCCACUACCCUCCUGCUUUUGCAUAUUAUAUCUCAGGUGGAAGGGGUGAUGGGGACCGGAUCCUUAGGCUAUUGCUUGCAGUUUAUCACCCAAGAAACCGUUAUUUAUUGCAUUUGGGUGCUGAGGCAUCAGAUGAGGAGAGAAUGAGGCUUGUUGGGGCGGUAAAUGCAGUGCCUGCAAUUAGGAGUUUUGGGAACGUGGAUGUUGUAGGGAAGCCUAGCAGACUUACCUAUAUGGGUGCUUCUAAUCUGGCUGCAAUGUUGCGUGCUGCUGCCAUUUUGUUGAGGAUGGAUGCAGGUUGGACUUGGUUUGUGUCUUUGAGUGCAAUGGAUUAUCCGCUGGUUACUCAGGAUGAUUUGUCCCAUGUGUUCUCCUCUGUUAGCAGAGACCUCAAUUUCAUAGAUCACACCAGUGACCUUGGGUGGAAAGACUCUCAAAGAAUUCAGCCAAUUGUAGUUGACCCAGGGAUUUACCUAGCCAGGAGGAGCCAGAUAUUUCAUGCUACAGAGAAGCGACCAACUCCUGAUGGUUUCAAAGUAUUCACAGGUUCCCCAUGGGUCAUCUUGAGCAGACCAUUUCUUGAAUUUUGCAUUCUUGGUUGGGAUAAUCUUCCCCGAACUCUUCUUAUGUACUUCAACAACGUGGUCUUAUCUGAAGAAAGCUAUUUCCACUCUGUCAUUUGCAAUGCACCAGAGUUUAUGAACACAACUGUAAACAGUGAUCUAAGGUAUAUGGUCUGGGACAAUCCUCCAAAGAUGGAACCCCAUUUUCUUAAUACGUCUGAUUAUGAUCUGAUGGUUCAAGGUGGAGUGGCUUUUGCAAGGCAGUUUCAGAAGGAUGACCCUGUGCUAGACAAGGUUGAUGAGAAAAUCCUUAAGCGAGGGCGCAAUCGAGCUGCCCCUGGUGCAUGGUGCACUGGCAGGAGGACCUGGUGGAUGGAUCCUUGCUCCCAAUGGGGUGAUGUAAAUGUUGUGAAACCUGGUCCUCAGGCUAAGAAAUUUGAGCAGACCAUUAAAGACCUUCUUGAUCAAUGGAAUUCUCAGAUGAAUCAGUCCAUUUAUUGGGCUACUCCGCACGCAGAUGAUAGUGUUUAUAGGAAUGACAGAGUCGAAGGGAAACAAGUGAAUUCACUUGGAGAUUUUUCUGAAUUGUCUUGUCAUGAGGCUGAUACCAUUGAAGAGCCAGCAACAGCGUGA